UGCAUUCGUGGGCUGAUCAUCUGAUCGAAACUGUUUCUGCAAGAUGAUUUCUGUUGAUACUUAGUAUCCAUCACUUGCACUUGUUGGAAGAUACUGUUUGUAAGCUGCCAACUAUGGCCAUCAUACUAGAUUCCCUUGUUGGAUCAUGUGCUAAGAAGUUGCAAGAUAUCAUUACAGAAGAGGCCAUUCUGAUUCUUGGGGUAAAAGAAGAUCUUAAUGAACUACAACAAACAAUGGAAUUUAUACAGUGUCUUCUUAAUGAUGCUGAGCAAAAGAGAACUGAAGACUCAGCGGUUAACAACUGGCUUAGUGAGCUGAAAGAUGCUGUCUAUGAAGCUGAUGAUAUUAUUGACUUGGCCAAAUUAGAAGGAAACAAGCUGCUUGCAAACCAUCCUUCACUCACAAAUACUACUGCAUGUACAGGAUUUUCAUUUGUCGCCUGCUUUCCUCCUAUUCAAAGACGUCAUGAGAUUGCCAUUCGUAUCAGGAAAUUCAACACUAAGCUUGAAAAGAUUUUAAAGCUGGGCGAACAACUUAAGCUUAAGACUAUGCAGCUGGAAGCAGUUGUUUCAAAAGUGAGUCAGAUGAAAACUGGCCCAAUUGUGGAGCCUAACCUUGUGGGAAAGGAAACUGCCCUUGCAUGCUCAAGGUUAGUGGAUUUGAUUCUUGCACACAAGGAAAAGAAGGCAUACAAGAUUGGAGUUGUUGGUACAGGAGGGGUUGGAAAAACGACUCUAGCCCAGAAGAUCUAUAAUGACCAUAAAAUAAAAGGAAGCUUUAGUAAACAAGCAUGGAUCUGUGUUUCUCAACAAUAUUCUGAUAUUUCAGUUUUGAAAGAAGUCCUUCGGAACAUCGGUGUUGAUUAUAAGCAUGAUGAAACUGUUGGAGAACUUAGCAGAAGGCUUGCAAUAGCUGUCGAAAAUGCAAGUUUCUUUCUUGUGUUGGAUGAUAUUUGGCAACAUGAGGUGUGGACUAAUUUACUCAGAGCCCCAUUAAACACUGCAGCUACAGGAAUAAUUCUAGUAACAACUCGUAAUGAUACAGUUGCACGAGCAAUUGGGGUGGAAGAUAUUCAUCGAGUAGAAUUGAUGUCAGAUGAAGUAGGAUGGAAAUUGCUUUUGAAGAGUAUGAACAUUAGCAAAGAAAGUGAAGUAGAAAACCUACGAGUUUUAGGGGUUGACAUUGUUCGUUUGUGUGGUGGCCUUCCUCUUGCAAUCAAGGUUACAGCUAGUGUUCUAUCGGCUAAAGAGAAAACUGAGAGUGAAUGGAGAAAGGUAAUAAGUAAAAGUACUGUGUACACGAGCAAGCUCCCUAGUGAGCUAAGUGGAGCUCUGUAUUUGAGUUAUGAUGAGCUACCACGCCAUUUGAAGCAAUGUUUUUUGUAUUGUGCCCUGUAUCCCGAAGAUUUUAGCAUGCAUCGUGAUGAUAUUGUGAGGUUUUGGGUUGCAGAAGGUUUUGUUGAAGAGCAAGAGGAACAACUUCUAGAGGAUACAGCAGAAGAAUAUUACUAUGAAUUGAUAUAUAGAAAUCUCCUUCAACCAGACCCUUUCUUUGCUGACUAUUCUAAGUGUAAAAUGCAUGAUCUUUUAAGGAAGCUUGCUCAACAUUUAUCAGGUCCGGAUACUUUUUGUGGAGAUCAAAAAUCAUUAGAGGCUAGAUCUCUGUACAAAGUAAGACGUGUUUCAGUUGUUGCGGGAAAGGAGUUAUUAAUUUCUCCUAGUGUUCAGAAGGAGCAGAUUGGAGUAAGGACUCUUAUUACUAAGUGCAAUGCAUUAAAGGUUGACCAUACAGUUUUCAGAAAACUCAUAAAGAUCCGAGUUCUGGAUCUAACAGGUGCAAUUUUAUUGAGUAUUCCUGAUUGUAUUGGAGGUUUGAUCCACUUAAGGUCACUUGAUCUUAAUGGUACUGACAUAUCUUAUCUACCAGAGUCCAUUGGUUCUCUUGUAAAUCUUCAGAUAUUGAACUUGGAUCAUUGUGAUGAAUUGCACAGUCUCCCAUUAGGGAUCACUCGAUUAUGCAACUUACGGCGCCUUGGUCUUGAUGAUACACCAAUAAAUAAUGUACCAAAAGGGAUAUGCAGAUUGAAGCUUCUUAAUGACAUAGAAGGAUUUCCAGUUGGUGGUAGCUGUGUCAGCAGUAAUACAACGCAAGAUGGAUGGAGCAUGCAAGAAUUGGAUCCUCUUUUGCAGUUGAGGAAGCUUCAAAUGGUUAAAUUAGAAAGGGGAGCUACUUGUAGCACUAAUUCACUGCUAUUGGACAAAAAGUAUCUAAAAGAACUACAGUUACAGUGCACUGAUCGUAUCGAUGAUUCAUAUUCUAAAGAUGAUGUUAUCAACAUUGAGUGGACCUUUGAGCAUCUAAUGCCACCACACAACCUAGAAUAUCUAACUAUUAUAGGAUUCUUUGGAUGCAGAUAUCCCACUUGGUUAGGUGCUACUACCCAUUUGUCGUCAAUAAAAUACUUGCAGCUAAUGCAUUGCAAAUCAUGUGUGCAUCUUCCACCAAUUGGUCUGCUCCCAAGCUUGAAAUUUCUAAAAAUCCAGGGAGCAACUGCAGUUAAAAAGAUUGGACCCGAACUUCUUGGCUCUGGGAUGAGCAAUUCUGGGUCUACAGAGGCAAUAGCUUUCCCCAACCUUGAAACAUUGGUCAUAUGGGAUAUGCCUAAUUGGGAGGAGUGGUCCUUUGUUGUUGAAGAUGAAGUUAGAGAAGCAGGUAAUGAAGGAGGAAACGAUGCAGCUACUGCAAAGGGAAAAAGGGAAGGCCGCCCAUCUCCAAGGCUGAUGCCUCGUUUGAAGGAGUUGCAACUUGACAGCUGCCCCAAGCUGAGAACUCUCCCUUUGCAGCUUGGACAGCAGGCCACAAGCUUGAAGGAGCUCCAAUUAAGAGAUUUGGGCAGCCUUAAGGUGGUGGAGAACCUUCCAUUCCUAUCAACGGUACUUCUAAUUGUGAACUGCCAAGGCUUGGAGAAGAUCUUGAAUCUUCCCAAACUGAGAGAGAUGAGGGUAACUCACUGUACGAACUUAAGACAUGUUGAGGAAUUGGGCAAUUUGGAGAAGCUCUGGCUCGACAUCGGAAUGCAGGACCUCUUGUCGCUGUGGAUGCCGAGUCUGAAACAACAACGCCAAGACAUAAGUGGGGAACAUCUGGACAUCUACCUAUAUGGUAUUGGCUAUGAGGCUGAGAGACUCAUGGUUAGGAGGCAGCACAUGCACAAGUUUGUGGACCUGUAG